UCGAAGAAUAGAGCGGGUGAAGCAGAGUGAGGAAAGAAACAGCGAAGGAAUGAAGAGAAGACGCCGAAUCCGAAAACGAAGAAGAAGAGAAUUCAAAGCAACCAAAACCUUUGCUCUGUUACUGGCUUCCCUCCUCAACAAACCCUCCGAUUCUAAAACCUUAAUCAACCAGUGCUUAAACCAGCUUUAUCGCUCGCUUCCCCAACUAAAAACCCUCCCUACUUCCUUCCUCUCCCUCCUCCCUCUCCUCCUUCACUCCGAGGAGACCAUGCGUCAAGCUGCAGGAAUUGUUGGGGCGGCAUCGCUGCACUCGAUUGAGAUGAAUGAACAGAUUGCUUUGGAUGGUGAGAUUGUCAAGGGUUUGGUGUCGGUUUUGUCUAGUUCCGAUAGGGAAGCUGUUUUAGGGGCGUGCAAUGCUGUUCUGGAUAUGUCUACUACGUCCAUCGGGCGACAGCAGUUACUCGAAUUCUUUGCUUUGGAAGCUCUUAUGUUUAAAUUUCUUCAGGCUCCUAUAUCUUUGAUGCUGGUAUCUCUUUGCAUUGAAGACCAUGGAACUGUUACCAAUUUCAGGAUAGGAUAUAGAGAAGAUGAACUUUCGAUCUUACUUCUGGAAGCAGCGAUUAUUCUCAUUAACGCAUGCAUCAUUGAGAAAUUGGAAAAUAUCCCAAGGAAGCUUUAUGAUUGUUUUUUGGUUUUUCUGAAAGAGCUAUGGGCAAAGGUGCAUAAUCAAAUGCUUCUUGGGAAUACUUUGAAACACAGUCUAGAUGGGGGUUUUCAUUUAAGCGAUAUUAGGGCUAGUAAUCUGGCAGAAAGCAUUUUUAGGCUCUCUGUAAAUGACAAUAAACUUAGUCCAUUGUCAUCUGAGGCCGUUAAAAGAGGCUUUUUUGGCUUGGGCGAGUCUAGUUUUGAAACUUUCAUGCUACAGCACUGGGAGGCAAAACCAUUCCUUACACAAAGGCUAUCAGGGUCUUUAAUUGAGGACAAUGAUAUCUUUAGCUCUGUUGCAGAAUCCUUACAUUUUAAGCUAUCAACUCGUUGCUUUCUUUCAUCCAUUCUUCAAAAUCUGGUUUCUUGUAUGCCUAUUUCUUCAGAUGAAGUAGACAUUUGUAGUUUCCUUAAGGGGGUGGGAAAUAACCUGGGUUGUCCUGUAAUCUAUCAACAGGACAUACGGGUAGUAAGAACCGAGAAGCACUCGAAAAUAGAGGUGCAUUUCUUUAGUGAUGAUUCAGAAGAAUGCUGCCCCAUGGCUUCUCAUGUUUUCUCUAUCAAUGAUAUUCUUAAAUGUGAAGAAGCAUAUAAAAAAGGUUAUACAAUUGCUUUGCGUGGCAUGGAGUUCCGCUUCAAGAGUAUUGCUGCUAUUGCCGAUGGAUUAGCAUCUUUAUUUGGUCAACCUUCUGCUGGUGCCAAUUUAUACUUGACACCGGCCAAUUCUCAGGGUUUGGCUUGUCACUAUGAUGAUCACUGUGUGUUUGUAUGCCAACUAUUUGGAACUAAGAGGUGGACAGUCUCUUCUCAGCCGACCGUGCAUUUACCUCGCUUGUAUGAUCAUGUCGGCAACCUUCAUGCAUUAGGUGUCGAGCAUUCGACAGUCCCAUGUGAGCAAUUCCUGGUAAGGGAGGGUGAUAUUUUGUAUAUUCCAAGAGGCUUCUCUCACAAGGCAUGUACCGAUGAUGGUUCUGCUGAGUUUUCAUUACACCUCACUUUCGGCAUAGAGGUUGAACCUCCAUUUGAGUGGGAGGGAUUUGCUCAUAUUGCUCUGUAUUGUUGGAAUCAGACCCAAAGACCAAUUCAUUCUACUUCUUUGGAGUCAUUGUCUGAGGUUGUACACGUCAUGUCUAUGAAUCUGUUGCACGCUAUGAUUUCGUUUAUUGGUGAACGUGAGACUGAUCCAACCUUCAGGAAGGCUUGUUUGGCUGCUGCACUUCCUUCUGCUCUCGACACCAAUGGCUGGCUUGCUUUGAACCAGAAAGCCAUUUUCUGUCAUUUAAUUGAUAAAAUUAGUAAGGAUUCUAGGUUUUCGGAAGUGCUCAGGAGCAUGGAAGUGGCAAUGCAGAAAAAUGAAGAUCCGUUUCAGCGAAUCAGUUGGCUCCAGUUUCUCAAUCCAGAGAGGGAAAUCGCUGAAGAACAUCGUUGGAAUAUAAAUUUCAUGGAAUCUGGAGAGCUUUUCCCUAUAUAUGUUCAAAACAAAGUCGAGGCAGAGGCUUCAUUCAUGAAGAUAAAGUCAAAAUUCUGUCGCGAGAUAACGUUUGAGAAUGUCAUUGAGAGCUAUAAGAUACUGUUAGACAAGUAUAAGAAGGCAAGACAGCAUUAUAUGAAUGGAAUGCUUUCACUGCACUGUAAGAGUGACUAAUCUUGCUACAAAAGAUCUAUUCAUUAUGUUUGUUUCAUCGUUUCGAUUCCAUUUCCCCUCACCUUUUAGUGCCAAUCACCUUCUUAGAUCA